AUGUCAUCGCCAGCACCGGCAUCGGCACCAGCAGCGUUACCACCAACGAUCAAUGCUACAUCGCCAUCACCACAACCAUCGACCUCCGAAGCUCCGCCUCCAACUAGCACUCCCUCCAAAACGCCACUCACCCCAUAUCCACAGCCUCCAGUAGUAACCCCUUCUGCUGCUCCGUCUUCAACCACUGCUCCUCCUCCCUUCGCGUCAUCUCCUUCGCCGUCGUUCCCCACUACCCUUCCGUCACCAGUCACCACUUUCCCCCCGCUAUUAUCCACCAACCCUUCCUCUCCGCUUCCAUUCACCACUUUUCCUCCACCAUCAUCCACCACCAACCCUUCCCUUCCGCCACCAGCCACCACUUUUCCUCCGCCACCAUCCUCCAAUAUUAUUUACCCUCCACACCCUUCUACACGGCAACCAACCCCGAGAAGUUCAUCCAACACUCCAUUGCUACCACCACCACCACCGCCUACAUGGACUUCAACGACUGCAUAUCCUCUGCCGCCGCCAUCUCAUUCCAGAGGUGGAGUGCCGACGAUGCUGGUAUUGGGGAUAACAAUAGGGGGGAUAGCCAUAUUAUUGGUUUUGAGUUUGUUAUUUACUCUUAUAUCUUCUAAAAAGAGAAAAAGAACAAGAAAAAGAAGAGAUGAAGAAAGUUACUACACACCUCCUCCAUCUCCUAGGCCCAAAGAUGAUACUCAUGGUGGUCAACAUAAUCAAGGGCAACAAAAUCCACCAGAUCCAGAACCCAUUCCUCCACAGUCUCCACCACGGAAAUCUCCGUCCCCGGAACACUCUUCGACAUCUUUAAUACCAUUGCUUCCGCCGCCUCCACCACCUUUUACGUGCAACUUUGGAGGUUUCGACACUGAUAUAGAUUCAAUUCCAGAAAACCCAUUCCUACCGACCGCACCUAAAAUUGCAUUAAGUUUCUCAAACAGAAUGUUUACCUACGAGGAACUAGCAAAGGCAACAAAUGGCUUCUCCGAUUCCAACCUUAUAGGACAAGGUGGUUUCGGGUACGUUUAUCGAGGAACAUUCGUCGACGGGAAAGAAGUGGCGGUGAAGCAACUGAAGGUCGAAAGCAGGCAAGGGGAGAGAGAAUUUAAAGCGGAAGUUGAGAUCAUUAGCCGCCUUCAUCAUAAACAUCUUGUCUCGUUGGUUGGAUAUUGUAUAUCCGAGACAACGAGGAUGCUUGUUUAUGAGUUUGUUCCAAACAACACUUUGGAGUUUCACUUGCAUGGAGAGGGACGACCUAUCAUGGAUUGGUCAACUCGAAUGAAAAUUGCUUUAGGAUCUGCAAAAGGACUAGCAUAUCUUCAUGAAGAUUGUCAUCCAAAGAUCAUCCAUCGUGAUAUUAAAGCAGCUAAUAUUCUUUUGGAUUUCAAUUUCGAAGCUAAGGUUGCUGAUUUUGGACUAGCUAAGUUUUCAUAUGAUGUCAACACUCAUGUCUCUACCAGAGUGAUGGGUACUUUUGGGUAUUUGGCUCCUGAGUAUGCUUCAAGCGGAAAACUCACGGAUAAAUCAGAUGUUUUCUCGUUCGGGGUUAUGAUUUUGGAAUUAAUUACCGGACAUAAACCAGUUAGCUCUUCUUACAAAGACGACGGCUUAGCCGAUUGGGCUAGACCUUUGCUCACAAAAGCUUUAGAUGAUGGGAGCUUCGACUGUUUCGCUGAUCCAAAAUUAGGAAAGGAAUAUGACCACAAUGAGAUGGUUCGUAUGGUUGCUUGUGCUGCUGCUUGUGUUCAACUUUCAGCUCGAGAUCGACCACGAAUGAGCCAGAUAACCCGAGCUUUAGAAGGUGAUGUAUCGAUGUCCGAUCUUAACGACAGCGCAAGUCCCGAACAUAGCAAUAUCCACAGCUCUCAUGAAAACUCAGACAUCGAUACAAGCCAGCACAACGAAGACACGGAAGGGUCCAAGAGAAUGGUGUUGGACUCUCAAGGAUACGGUGCUAGUGGCGAGUACGGUGAACCAAGCACCGAAUACGGUUCUAACCCUUUCGGCUCUAUCAAUGAAAGUUGCUCGAAUCAACCAGGAAACGAAACCCUUUCUAGCUCGAGCAAUGAGAGAUCAGACCAGCCAGGAAACGGAAGCGGUUAGGAUGAAGAAGAACAGCUAAAGGUGUAGCUCAAAUUUCAAUCUCUUUUAUAAUGCCUCAUUUUUUUUGUAAAGUUCCCAUUGGCAUGCUUUUGAAUGAGACAACACAAAUUUUCAUUUAAUUUGAUUUUGUAUUUAUUAGAGAGACACAAGAAAACAAUGGAUACGCUUUGGUUGAUUCUUUUAUUUGUUUCAAAAUUUGGAUCUAUCUUUGAUUUGACACAUCAUAUUAUCACUAUGUAUAUGUAUGGAUGCAUGUAUGUGUAUCUAUACACAAAUAUACAAAUAUAUAGGUUAAAGUAUUGGGAGGUCCUAUGUUAUAGUGACCGGAUCAAAUUAGUCCCUCUAUUAUUAAAUGGAUCAAUUUAAUUCCUAUACUAUUGAAAAGAAUCAAGUCCAAAAUGUAACAAAACUAACAUUUAUUAUAUA